GGAUAAAAAGGGUAAUCAUCCCCGCAAAGGCUGUGGCAGGAAAAACCUAUCCAAGUGAAAGAGAUAGAAGAUGGGAUUUGGAGAAGUCUAUGCCCUAAUUACCCUUUUCCAGAGAACUGAGCAAGACCAAGACGAUCAUCUAUCACAUACCAGGGAAGAAAGCAGGUGAUGAUACGUAAGAGGCCAGAAGCUCUAUAUUCUUAACUUGUUCUAUAUUCUUAGUUACAUAUACAUAGAGAGAGGGAUCAGAGAUGUGCGGGAAGAAGCUGGAAGAAGAUCGAGGAGAGUGUUCUCAAACUGUCGAUAACAUAAACAUGAUACAAAGCUUCCAAGAACAGUUGUUUCAUCAACAACAGCAGCAGAUCAUGUUGCAACAUCAACAGCAGAACAGUGACAUAUAUGGAGGUGGGAGAGGAUUGAUUUUCCCUCAAGUUUCACCAAUCAGCUUGCAGCCAUGGCCUCUGCCUCCGGUCCACGCCUUCAGCCCGGCCGGCCACUUCGCCACAAAUCCGGUCCGAGAUCACCACGACCCACUUAAUAUUGUCCCUCCUACACCAUCAUCGUUUGCGGGUUUAUUCAACAGGAGACCUCCUCCUGAUCAUCUACAGUUUGCCUAUGAUGAUCAUGGUCCAUCAUCAGACCAUCUCCGAAUCAUAUCUGACACCCUAGUGCCCCAACCCGGUUCAGCUCCUUUUGGGCUUCAAGCCGAGUUGGGCAAGAUGACUGCCCAAGAAAUCAUGGAUGCCAAGGCUCUCGCAGCUUCUAAGAGUCACAGUGAAGCUGAGAGGAGGAGAAGAGAGAGAAUCAACAACCAUCUUGCAAAGCUUCGCAGCUUAUUACCCAAUACUACCAAAACAGACAAAGCCUCAUUGUUAGCGGAAGUAAUACAACACGUUAAAGAGCUUAAGCGUCAGACUUCUUUGAUAGCGGAAACGAAUCCAGUACCCACUGAAGUGGAUGAGCUAACUGUUGAUACAUCGGACGAGGACGGUAAGUUUGUUAUCAAAGCCUCACUUAGCUGCGAGGACAGGUCUGAUCUCUUGCCUGACCUAAUCAAGACUUUGAAAUCUUUACGUUUAAGAACUUUAAAAGCCGAGAUUACAACACUUGGGGGACGUGUAAAGAACGUGCUGUUGGUUAGUGGGGAUGAGGAUUCAAUUUCGAGUAGUACUAGCGGCGAGAAACAACAACAACAGCAACAACGACAUUGUAUAAGUUCAAUUGAAGAAGCUCUGAAGGCAGUAAUGGAGAAGACUGCUGGGGACGAGUCUUCUUCAGGGAGUGUUAAAAGACAAAGGACUACUAAUAUCAAUAUCCUCGAACAUAGCUAGGUCGCUUUGCUUUACUAUGGCCUUACACAGCUUCUUGUGAUCUUAUUCGUCUUCUUCUUUCACCUUUUCUUUAAUUUGGGAGUGUGGCAUUUGGUGUGUUUAUAUUUAUUUCCUCCAAUGAACAAUUCAGAAAUGAUAGUAUGUUUCGUGUA